AUGCCGAGACAAGACCCUGCAUACGCUCUAACGCCAUGCGCGCUCUGUCAGUUUGACCUUGUCUCUGGCGAUGAAAUCCUGAUCGGCUGCCUCGACAUCACAGGCCUUGAAGACGGGAUGCCGCUUCUGCUCUUCGUCGAGGCGAUGAGAUACCGGCGCCCACCAAGCUUGCUGCAGAAGGAGACCCGCCGCGAGCAUCUGACGGUGUGCCUGAGCACCGAACUGUCAAAGCACUUUGCUCUCCAAGGGACACAUCUACCACUGGAGCUCUGGAACCAGAUCGCUCAGCAUCUGUUGCCGCUUUACGCAACGGCGAACGCGCGAUCUCUAUGGAAACAUUCUGAACCAGAGCCUGUAUGCAUAGCAAGGGAUAUAUGGUGUGAAUAUGCCGAGUUUGAGGGUAUCCGAUACGUCGCCAAGCUCUCAAACACCCACUCGAAUGGUGGGGAGCUAAUCUAUCGGCCUUUCGGGGAGACGAUGAAGUACAUAUUCACCGGAGAGAAUCACCUUGGCGUUAUGGAAGUCUUGAUUUCUACCACAUCGGACAUAUCCCAGAUUGGUGAGGUGCCGGGCAUGUGGUGGCGUAGAGUGCAUAUUGAGGAGGGACAUGAUGCACUGCGCGCAGAGAGCGACGUACUUGACCCUGUGCCGGCCUUUUGCAAAUAUACCCCGACUAACCGUCCCUCUAGGGUCUCAAACUUCGCCACUUAUCUGGAUUAUCUCGAAGUACCGUGGCGUGAAGCAUACCUUGCCCCCAUGGGAUGA